AUGAAUACUUUCAUUCAAAAACAACUGCUCGAUUAUCUAAUUCCAUCAUUUGAAUAUAUAAAUGACGAUAAUUUUAAUUCUAUGAUAAAAAAAAUCGUCGAGUCUCAAAAAAUGGAUGCUGGUACUCAAAGAAAACGUAAUGAUAUAAUUAUACAUGCUUGUAACUUACUUGACCAACAACUAUUCAAUGUGCUAAGCCUGUUUCAAACUAUGACCUACUCUCAAGAAAUUAAUAAAGGAGAGAUAAUCUCUACCUAUUUACAAACCAAGGCAUGUAACUUUAUUGAUGCUAGUUUAUAUCAACAAGGUCAUACUAUCAUCAUGUUAGAAUUAGAAAAUAAAAAUUUAAUACAAGAAAAUCAGCGUUUAAAAAAAGAUAAACUUAAAAUCUACACUCAGCUUCGUUCAUUUUCUAAACAAGUAGCAAGAACAAAACAAUUGAAACAAAGACAAGUUUCAAAAAUUCAUUCAUCAAUUCGUAAAGCAAAAAAAAUCUGGCCUGCCCAAUUUCGUUGUGCUGCUAACAAAUUAUUUAAAAUUAAUAAAAAAGAAUAUAAUGCAAGCUUUGUGAAAUUAGCAACUGAUAUUAGUAAUAUAGGACAAACCUCUAUAUAUGUGACUGUGAAAUGUACUAGGGCAAUCUAUCAAUUCUUGACUGGAGAGAUGCCACAGCAUUGGGUAACAUCAAAAACUUUAGCACGAUGGAAUAAAGAGAUAGCAGCUUUGUCACUUAAUCAAAAUCUUCCUAAAGACACUUCUUCUAGGUUUUUUGGAUAUGGUAUUAUGGCUGACGAAAGCACACGAGGAGAAAAAAAAAUAUUAAUUAUUUGUUUUUCGUAUUGGGAUGCUAAUAAAUUAAAACCAACAAUUACUAUAGUAAAAGUAACAGAUAUAACACGUUGUAAUGCUGAAACAGUUUCGACCACAGUAUUUGAAAUGUGUAAAGAGAAAGGGAUUGAUCCUCAAAAAUAUCAUUAUUGGGUAACAGAUAAUACAGCCUAUAUGUCUUCAGAGGCUAAUGGUGCUAUUGCUAAAUUCAACUCGUUAGCAAUAUCUCAAUCUUUCCGAAUUCCUUGUGGAUUACAUGCAACCCAUAUUGCCCUAAUAAAUUUUGAAAAUAUGGCAUUUGAAAAGCUAGAUUCUAUUAAAGAAUUGUCUUUAAAAAAACAUUCUUUUAAUCUACUUAAUCUGGCUUUUCAUCUUCACGACAGAUAUAACUUUUUGGAUAAGGACAGUCUGUUAAAUCUAAAAUCAAAAAUAUUAAAAAAACUUUAUAAAGCAAUAUUUAAUUUUGAGAUGUGCAAAUAUCAACAGCCCAUUCGUCAAUGGUGGUUAUAUGAACUUAAAACUGCUAUACAAUAUCUUGACCGUCAUGAAGUUUAUAUUAAUUUUGCUCAAUUUUUCAUUGAGUGA